UGUGGGGCCCCCGGGCCGGGCGGGUGCUUGUGCGUCCUGAGCCCUGCUGCCCCGGUGGGCGUGAGCCAUCGUCCAGCAUCAGCAUUGGACUUUGCCAGCCCGCUGUUGCCAUGGGUAUACCAGUCUUCAUACUUGCUGGUCUCCUUGUGCAUUGUGUGUUCUUGGUCUCCAUUUUUGAAAUCUACUUCAGUUCUCCCCUGGUUCACGGUAUGACUCCUCAGCAGACUCUGCUGCUGCCUCCGGCAAAACGUCUCGUACUCUUUGUUGCCGAUGGUCUGCGGGCAGAUUCGCUGUAUGAAUUGAACAGCAACAAUAUGCCCCAGGCACCUUACCUGCGGGGUAUUCUAGAGAAUAAUGGCAGCUGGGGGAUCUCUCACACUCGGGUCCCAACAGAAUCCAGGCCAGGGCACGUUGCACUUAUAGCUGGAUUUUAUGAAGAUGUCAGUGCCGUUGCUAAAGGAUGGAAGGAGAAUCCAGUGGAAUUUGACUCUGUUUUCAAUGAAAGUAAAUAUACUUGGAGCUGGGGAAGCCCUGAUAUUUUGCCAAUGUUUGCAAAAGGUGCUACUGGAGAUCACGUUUAUACAUUUUGUUACACGGCAGAAAGUGAAGACUUCGGAGCACAAGAUGCAGCCGAGCUUGACAUGUGGGUUUUUGAUCAUGUUAAGAGCUUCUUUAAUUCUUCCAGAAGUAAUCAAACAUUGUUCUCUGCACUGAAUGAAGACAAAGUGAUUCUGUUCCUGCAUUUGCUAGGCAUAGACACAAAUGGACAUGCUCAUCGGCCAAACUCAAGGGAAUACAAGGAGAAUAUUAAAAAAGUUGAUGAGGGUGUAAAAGAAAUAGCUUUGAUGAUUGACAAUUUCUAUGGAAAUGAUGGGAAAACUGCAUUUAUUCUAACUUCUGACCAUGGAAUGACAGAUUGGGGAACUCAUGGAGCUGGUCAUCCCUCAGAAACUUUAACACCACUGAUUGUUUGGGGUGCCGGGGUGAAUUAUCCACAGAAAGUCACAUCCCAGUUCUUUGAAGACAAUUUUUUGCAAGAAUGGAAACUGGAGAACUUGAAGAGGCUGGAUGUCAAUCAGGCUGAUAUAGCACCACUGAUGGCUUCCCUUAUUGGUGUACCUUUUCCCCUAAAUUCUGUGGGAACUCUGCCUCUGGAAUAUCUGAACAACAGUGCUCAUUUCAAAGCUGAGAGCAUGUUUACCAAUGCUGUUCAGAUUCUUGAGCAAUUUAAGGUUAAGAUGAGUCAUAAAAAGGAAACUACACUUUCAUUUCUGUUCACACCAUUCAAACCACUUUCUGAUUCUGAACAGAUCAACUUUUUAAAAAAAGCGAGACUAUAUAUACAGCAGCAGAAGUACGAUGAAGCGGUAUCUCUGUGCAAAACCCUGAUUAACCUUGCUUUGGAAGGCUUGUCUUAUUACCAUACUUAUGAUAGAUUAUUCUUGGGUCUAAGUAUUGCAGUGAGUUUUGUGGGCUGGACAGCUUAUGUGAUUUUGGUGAUUAUCAAGACCUAUACCAAUUUAACCAAGACUAUCCAGGCUAAUAAGGAAUCUACUGUUCUCUUCUACAGUUUUGCCUUUGUUGGAAUGAUAAUAGCUUUUUUCCUGUUGAUUCAAACAAGUCCUUGGACAUACUACAUAUAUUGUCUCUUGCCUGUACCAGUAUGGUAUGCAGUUGUGCGAGAACUUCCUGUUAUUCAAGACCUUGCUGCAAAUCUCUUGUCACUUCAUAUCAGUCAGACUGUGGGAUUCCUCUUGGUUUGUACACUGGGGAUUGAAAUACUAGUCUUCAGCUUUUUCUACCGCUCUGCGCUUACUAUUGGUCUUCUUUUAUUUGCUGGCUGGCCAGUGAUCACACAGCUGUGGGUUCAAGCAAAGACAACAACAUUGAUCUGGAUUCUUCUGUGUGUGCUCCUGGCAGUAUUUCCUUUAAUGCCUGUUGUAGGAAGAGAACCAAACAUUCCUCUCGUAAUAGCAGCUGGUUUGCUGACUCUCUUGAUCUCUUGCUUCUCGUUGGCAUCUCCCUGUAACAGCAAAAAUAAGUACAGAAAUAAUGAAGAUCUGAAAGUACAUUUUUAUCAGAUGUUGAGUGUUACACUUUCAACAUAUGUUGUGAGCAGUACCCAUGACAGUCUCAAGAACAAACAAGGACUGCCCAUAUUAAAUCAAAUUAUUAGCUGGAUGACUCUAGUUUCUUCCUCCGUGUUGCCAUUACUGAGCCCCACGUUCCUCUUCCAGCGACUGUUCAGCAUAUUGCUCUCCCUGAUGUCCACCUACCUGCUCCUCAGCACAGGGUAUGAAGCUCUGUUUCCACUGGUGCUGUCUGGUUUGAUGUUUGUGUGGAUAAGUAUGGAGCAAGAAGCACUGCAGCAUUAUGGUCUUUCACUCAAACCAAAGCUUGCUGUUUUCAACUUCACCUGUGCUACUGAUAUAACUCAGUUUCGACAGCUCCACCUAGAUGAUGUCCGCAGGGCUUUCUUCUUUGUUUUCUUUAUAGUGACAGCCUUUUUUGGCACUGGAAACAUAGCUUCUGUUAACAGUUUUGAUCCUGCUUCUGUCUAUUGUUUCUUGACUGUGUUUAGUCCCUUCAUGAUGGGAGGCCUGCUUCUGCUGAAGGUUGUAAUCCCCUUUGUUCUGGUAUCAUGUGCUUUCGAAGCUGUUCAAGUCACAACACAACUGUCUUCUAAAAGAGUAUGUUCUUGGAGCUUACCUAUGAAAACAGGCCUCUAGCUGGGUGCCUCCUAGGCACUACAAGAUUGCAACAUCCUAUCCAAGCCAUAGCCAAGUGGACAAAAGUCUUUCAGUGCAUCUGAGUUACAGCUGGUUUGUUGCAUCCUUAUUUACUAAUGAAGCAUAUCUGACCUUGGCAAUAUCAGAAACUUCCUCAUCAGGAGUCAUUGGUAUGGGUGGCCCUCAGUACAUGCUCAUGUAGCGCUGCAGCAGGACAUUUUCCCCAAAAAAGCCUUGUGGAUUUAUGAUGGUAGUACUGAUAAAUUAACUGUAUUCUAGUUAAAGACUUCUCAGUUAAUGGGUCAGCUGUUUGCAACAUUGCUUCAGUGUCAUUAACUUAGAAACUAGUUUUAACCAGUUAUGUCAAUUGCUUUCAUGUAAUUUAGGAUUUACAUAGUUUAAUGAAAAGAAGAUUAGGUUAAUGGGGGGAAAAACUAGCUCUCUGUUCUCUUUACUGGCCGCAGCCUACUUUCCAGAAGUAACCUGCUGCCUGACAGGCCCAUGGGUUUGGGAGCGUGCUACCAAAAUGCUGGGUGUUCUCAGAGCAGUUUAUGGGCACCCAGAGGUCAGGAAGUGGGGUGAGCACCAUCAUUAGCAGCGCGCUACCCACCAGGGUGGUUGUCAGGAUAGGACUGAUCAGCUCGGGUGUCGGUGGGCAGGCGCUGUUUGUAAGAUGCUCUUGUUCUCUGGUAAAUGACUCGUGUUAGAUUCCUUUGUUGCAAAAUUGAAACUCUGUUAAUGUGAAAUGUCUUUUUCAAGCAGGGUGGGAUUACAAAUGCCAGAUGUUCUAGCCAUAUCUUUUAACUGUUCUCUAAUAAACUGAAAUCUGACUCAUUGAAUGGCAAGUGCAAGAAAUCAUAUUUUAAUUUCUUUAUGGGGAUUUUAAUAAGCUUUGUAACAUCUGUGGUCAUGAAUAAAGGUUGAUGGUCUGGUUCUCUGGGUUUUUUUC